UCGCACUCAAUGAAUGUUGACGCGCAGGGAAGCAGCGCGGUCGCCGAGCGCAGGCGUUCAGUGCGGGUGUGUUUACGGCGUUGCUAGGCAACGCACCAUCAGACGCUGGGAUGGACGAGUUUCAGGCUGCAGAAGAGACUGCAUUCGUUGUGGAGGACAUUUCCAACAUCAUCAAAGAGGCGGUGGACACCACGAUCGGCAGCAGCCCCUUCCAGACGGCGCGCGUGAACGCGUGGACCUCCGCCGUGGUGGAGACGUGUCUCAGCCAGCUGGCCAAACUGGGGAAGCCCUUCAAGUACAUAGUCACGUGCAUCGUGAUGCAGAAGAACGGCGCGGGUUUGCACGCGGCCAGCUCCUGUUUCUGGGACAAUACGACGGAUGGAAGCUGCACACUGAGAUGGGAGAACAAGACUACAUACUGCAUCGUCAGUGUCUUUGGUCUGGGCCUCUGAGCGGCAGCACAAAGGGCUUCGCCUGACCACCCGCACGCCUUUCAAAGCGCGCGCACACACACUCGCUUCCGAAGCACAGCCUUGCUUUUACAUGUCUUUGGUCCACUGCUUGUCCUCCGUUUCCGUCGCCGGGCCAGGAGUGCAUUGGCACAUCUGCACACACUUCAUUCCCUUAGAAUCACACCAGGGCCCAGACCUCCGCUGAACAAAGCCGACUGCUCCAUCACGGAUGCCGUUUUUAAAGAUGAGCGAUCAUGCAGCUUCAUGUCCGAUACCUUCCUGUAGUUACUGAACAGCCCUAUUUAGUCAGAGACUGAUAAAGAAUAAUUACAUAGAAAUUAAAUGAUCACAGGAAAAUUCAAACCUGUCACAAGAGCCUUUCCUUGUGCAGGGCCAGGCAGCAGCUGUGUGCCGACCAGCUCAAAGUGAGCUAAAUAUACACCCAGAAAAUUCAAAACAUAUCGAAACAGAUGUUUGAUCCUCUUUUGUACAUCAUCCGUGUUCUGUAAAUGACUGUCACAUUUGCAUGUGUGAGCUGCACUAUUUCAAUAAAUCAGUAUCUGUCUCUGUUGUCCUACUUUCUCUGCUCCA